AUUUUUACAGUAAAAUUUAUUUAUUAAUCUCAACGAAGUCAAUUAUUUUUAAGAAAUCUAAAUAAAAAAACAUGUCCGAGGAAAAAUUUUGCUGUCUAUGUGUUACUUUAUCUUCGGCGUAUAAAGAGUUGUUCCAUAAAAGUGGUGGAGAAACUGCCUUUUAUGAUAUUACAUCUAAAUACUUCGAUCCAGUGCUUUUAAAUGCGGAGGAUGACAAAGAAUCCAAUGUUGUUUGUCUUGCAUGCUGGAAUACAAUAAAUGAUUUCUACGAAUUCCAAAAUGUCAUACAAAACGCACAUAAGGAUUUACAAGAAAGUCUUAGGGAAAUCGCAAGAGAGGCUCUAAAUGAUGAAUGUGAAAAUGACCUAGAAGAAAACAACUUGGACAGUCAAACAAUUGAAAAUGGCACAGCAAAUGAAGGGCAAAUGGAUGACUCUAAAGAAGAUGAAUGUUGCUUAGGAAUCGAUGACGAUAAAGUGUCGCUGCAAUUAAAAAGAAAACAGAGUCUCAGGAAGAAUACAAUAUCAAAAAAAGAAAAGCAAAAUCGGAAAAUUGAAAAAGAAAACAUAGAGCAUGAUGCAGAAGAUUCCAAUUCAAAUGAAGAGUUGAAUAUAGAUGAAAUAAUUGCCAAGUGGAAACCAGCAUUGGAAUGUGUAAUAUGUUCCAUUACUACAACCACAUUUGGACUGCUGCGAACACAUUUUCGUAUACACCAUCCGGGUCAGAAAUGCUAUAUUACUUGCUGCGAACGCAAAUUUUCCAAGCGGUGUGAUGUCUAUGAACACAUACAGCUACAUCUUGAUCCCAGCACAUUUAAGUGUAAAGUUUGUGGCAAAUGCAGCACAAAUAGUCGCAACUUGGCCAAACAUAUGCGUGACUUACAUUCCGAAAGGGGAAAAAUUAGACCAUUUGAAUGUGGUGUAUGUCAAAAAUGUUUCCCGAACAAAACAAAGUUGCGUAUACACAUGGAUGUGCACAAGACCGAACGUGAGUACGCCUGUAGCAUAUGUGGCAAGGGAUUUUCGACGGAACAACGUAAAAAAGUACACGAAAAUCUAGUGCAUAACGUCGACAAAGUUUGCGAGCUAUGCGGUAAGACUAUACACGGCAUAUACGCUCUCAAACAACAUCUAUUGGAGCAUCAGGGUGUUGAGAAACCUAAGUGGCCAUGUGAUCAAUGUAGUGUCCAGCUUUAUUCUCAUACAAGUCUUAAACGCCACAAACAGUUUCGUCAUAACGAUGGAUCAACCACACACAUUUGUAGCGAGUGCGGUAAAAAAUACCAAUCCGAAUGUGCUUUAAAUAGUCAUAAGCGAUUAGUACAUACCCUCGGACGAAAACACAAGUGCACAAUUUGUGACAAAUCUUUUAAACUUCCCAAAGUUUUGCGAGAACAUAUGGCAUCACACGAGGGCAAAAAUUUGUAUCAAUGUCCCCAUUGUCCGAAAACAUAUCGAAUGAGUUCUAAUUUAUAUCAUCAUCGCAAGAAAGCGCAUCCCGAUGAAUGUUCAAAAAGUAAAACUAAUAAACCUGUUACAAGUACAACAAGUAUUAUAGAAACUGAAAUUGUGAAUUAGUAAAAUUUGCUUUGUAAAUUUUGUGGAUAAAAUUCCACAGACUAGUAAAAGUUUUUCUUUUCUUAAUUAUGAAUAUUUUGUUCCCUUAGAAAUGAGUUUUCUAAUAGUGAAUUUUUUUAAUAACUUCUCAUAUAAUAAAGUACCUGUAAAUCUCAUACCCUAUUUUA